AUGAAGGUGUCGACCGAAUUUUGCAUCAAGAUGCUGAACGCGAAGGUGAUGCUGCUUUGUUUGGUCGCAUCAAGCUCGGCACAGGCUUCAGUGGCGCAUAUAGAAGCGAAUCCGGACGCCAAGCGUCUGUACGAUGACCUGCUCAGCAACUAUAAUCGUCUGAUACGGCCGGUGGUGAACAACACGGAAACACUGACGGUGUGGUUGGGCCUGAAGCUGUCGCAGCUCAUCGAGGUGAGCCUGCGGAACCAGGUGAUGACUACGAACCUGUGGGUGAAGCAGAAGUGGUUCGACUACAAGCUGAAAUGGGACCCGGAAGAGUACGGUGGCGUGGAAAUGCUGUACGUUCCGUCGGAGCAGAUCUGGCUGCCGGAUAUCGUGCUGUACAACAACUGGGACGGUAACUACGAGGUGACGCUGAUGACGAAGGCUACACUGAAGUACACCGGUGAGGUGUUCUGGGAGCCACCGGCCAUCUACAAGUCGUCCUGUGAGAUGAACGUGGAGUACUUCCCGUACGAUGAGCAGACGUGUCUGAUGAAGUUCGGCUCGUGGACGUAUAAUGGGGCGCAGGUGGAGUUGCGCCAUCUUGAUCAGAUUCCUGGCAGCAAUCUGGUCCAGAUUGGCAUCGACUUGAGUGAAUUCUAUCUGUCCGUCGAGUGGGACAUCCUGGAGGUUCCGGCCAGCCGCAACGAGGAGUACUAUCCGUGUUGUCCAGAGCCCUUCUCGGACAUCACGUUCAAGCUGACUAUGAGAAGAAAAACGCUGUUCUACACCGUCAACCUUAUCAUUCCUUGCGUCGGCAUCACCUUUCUCACGGUGCUGGUGUUUUAUCUUCCCAGCGAUUCGGGCGAGAAGGUCACGCUUUGCAUCUCGAUUCUGGUGUCGUUGACUGUGUUCUUUUUGCUGCUGGCCGAAAUCAUCCCGCCAACGUCGCUGGCCGUGCCACUGCUGGGCAAGUAUCUGCUGUUCACCAUGAUCCUUGUGUCGCUGUCGGUGUGGACGACCGUUUGUGUGCUCAACGUUUGGUAUCGGAGUACAUCGACGCAUAAAAUGUCACCCUUCGUCCGGCGGCUGUUCCUCGAGAUAAUGCCGAAGAUCAUGAUGAUGCGCCGGGCGAAAUACACGCUGCCGGAUUACGACGAUUCUACACCGAGCAAUGGCUACACGAACGAAAUCGAAAUGAGCGUUAGUGAUUUUCCCGGCGAGUUUAAGGAAGGCGGUGACAGUUUCGAUAACAUAGGAGUUAAUCUUUCCCACGGUUCAGUCGAGGCGGAAAAUGUCAUCCCGAAGCAAUUAUCACCGGAGGUCCUGUCCGCCAUCCAGGCGGUGAGAUUUAUCGCCCAGCACAUCAAGGACGCCGAUAAGGAUAAUGAGAUCGUCGAGGAUUGGAAGUUCGUCUCGAUGGUGCUGGAUCGGAUCUUCCUGUGGGUGUUUACGAUUUCCUGCAUCUUCGGCACGUUCGGCAUCAUCUUCCAGAGUCCGUCGCUGUAUGACACGCGUGCUCCGGUUGACCAGCAGCUGAGCGAGAUUCCGUUGCGCAAGAACAACUUCAUGCUUCCGCCGGACAUCGUGCGUAUCACGUUGGAUUAAUCACUGCGUGAUUUUUUUUAUACUCCAUUAAUCCGGUUCGCGUUCGCUCGGCCGACCGGACAUCCUAGUUACGCUCCCAGGCGCUUCAGCCGUCGGUUUGUUGUUCUCUCUCACGAGCGUAAUCGCAACUAUGAUGGACAAACUAUUACGAAUACGAGCAGCGAAGCGGCAGCAUUUCCUAAUCGAAACGUAACGUUUAUGGUAGAACUAGCGAAUAAAAGCGCAAAAGCAUAUGUUUG